AUGUCGAUCGCGGCGAGCGGCGGUGCGGGAAGCGGAGAGGCUAUUGACGCGAAACCGAACAACAUCGAGGCACCAAUCCGCGUGCGACGCGUGGACUUCGACAUUAACAGCGAGAACCACUACGUGAUCGUGGUUCACGGCACGUUCGACGCGCCGCCCGCCGACGGCGCGCCGAUGUGGUACCAACCGCCGCCUGCCGGCGAGCAGAACUUCUGCCGGAAACUCAGCCGGCUGUUAGCGCCCGGCCCGAUCGGGCAGGACGCGGUCUGGCGCGACUUGCCGUGCUCCGCGCUCCCGGGAAUUCCGUACCCGUUCCACUGGGACGGCUCGAACACGCAUGCGGGGCGCGUAACGGCCGCGAUGAAGGUUCAACGGGCAAAAGGUGAUCGGACCGUGCAGCAGCGCCGCUUCCUGUCGUUCCGCCAGGCCACGUCGCCCGUCUCCAACGCGCUGGGCGCGCUGGUGUUCCUGGGCACGCCCUUCUACAUCAAGAAGUGGCAGCGCCACGGCUUCGCGCGCAUGCUGCUGUCCGUGGGUGUGGGCGUGCUGCUCACGUUCCUCUUCAUUCUCGCGUACACGGCGCUCUGGGAGGUGCUCGUGCUGCUCAUGGCAGGCAAACCGCAAGAGUUCUACGCGGAGUCGGGCCCUCACCUCGUCCUGCUGCUCAACGUCUUCAUCGCCACUGGCAUCAUGCUUCUUGUCUUGGUCAAGCAGAUCAUGGACGCCACGGGCAACACAGUGCUGUACAGCGGCAACCUCUACCACAACCCGGCUCCCCCCACGCGCUACGCCCCCCAGCGAGUGUGGUGCUCCUUCCUGUUCCACUGCUCCGUGGUGCUCGUGUGGGACGUGCUCUUCUUCCUCCCCGCUGCCAUCCUGUCCCUCCUCUCGCACCUCAUCGCCCCGCUGGUGACCGGGUGGAUUCAGCAGGCCGUGGUGGCUGUCAGCUUUGGGCUGUCUCCGGGGGAUUUGAGUUAUGCAUACGUGUAUGUGGACGAGCACCUGGACAUGGAGCUGGCCACGCAGCAGGUCGACCAUUGGAACGUGCAGGACGAGCAGGUGGACAUGGAGCUGACCACACAGCAAGUGGAUCAUUGGAAUGUGCAGGUAUCGAACGUAGAAUGUAAGGGCGGGAGCACGCAGGCUGGUUUGGUCGACCACUGGAAUGUGCAGAAACUCCUGGCAGAGGCAAAGACCAAGUCGCUCAAGGGAGAGCUCAUGCCAGGGUAUGAGGACGACACCGUGGAGCAACCCGAUUGGCUGGAGCCGUCCCCUGUCGCCCAUCGCCGUGGCCGCACGCCUCGUGGGGGUAGUGGAAGUGGGGAGGGUGAUGGAAAGGAGGGGGGUAGUGGAAGUGGGGAGGGUGAUGGAAAGGAGGGGGGUAGUGGAAGUGGGGAAGGUGAUGGAAACAAGGGCGAGCGCGAGGCGCCUCACACAGCACUGGCUGCCGCGCUGAGGAAGAACACCCACAGCGUGUUCCGGAAGCGGGGGGGCGCACGAGGACUGCUGCUGAAGCGCUCAGGCAGUGCGAGGAGCAAGGAGGGCGGCAAGGGGGGAGGGCUUGGGUCUCUGGCAGGUGGGACAGAAACGGUCGGGGGAGAGGGAGACGGGGAAGGGGAGAGUGACAGUGCGGAUGGGGUGGUUUCAUCUGGUCCUGUUGCAUCCGCUGCUCCAUCCGCUGCUCCAUCCGCUGCUCCAUCCGCUGCUCCAUCCGGCGCUGCGCCCAGUCCUGCUGGCCCCAGUACAAGCAGCACCAGUGAGCCGCGUGAGAAGCUGGCCUUUGAGUUCCUCUGGGAUGAUCGAGAACUCGCCCACCUGGCAGAGCAGUCGCAGACGUUCCAGCGCCUCAAGUCCCAGCUGCCCACCAUGGGGCGAAACCCGCGACUCACCGACCGCGAGUUCGAGCGGCAGCUGCAGCAGCUGUGUGUGUUGAUUGAGGAGCGCAUGGGGGAGCUGACUGGCCGGUGUGACUUGAACCACGGGGCGUAUUUCCGGGACCCGAGGAUUCUGAGGGUGGUGGCGCAUUUUAUUGAGAAGCGGGAGCUUCCGGAGUGGUCGAAGAAUGUGGACGGGGAUAUAUGGCGGUGGAAUGAGCAUUUGAACGAGGUGCACUCGCUGCAGGUGCUGCAGUUGUCGCGAAGCCGCCGGGUAGCGGGAGGACUGGGAGGUGAUGGAGGGAUGGAAGGCAGUGGGGAGUCUAUUUGUGCAGAGUGUAAAGGUGGUGCUUCUAGGCUGAAAUCGAUGUUUAGGAGUAUGCGGGGAGGGAGUCAGAGGGAAGGCAGCCAGAGGGAGAGCGGAGGGCACCACAGGUUUCUGAGUGGGCAUGCAGUGCAUCUCCCACCUAUGCCUGACUUUGUCAGCGGAGCACGCAGCUUGCACCUUCCACACAUGCCUGAUUUUGCGAGUGGGGCAAAGGGCUUGGCUGAAGGGCUGUUACGCCCGGGCAGCUCUGGGGGGCGCCACAAGGUCAAGGCAGUGGGCUGUGGCGCUCCUCCUGCUGCUGCUGCUGGCACUGCUGCUGCCGCUGCUGCUGCUGUUGCUGCUGCUGAUGCUGCUGCUGCCGCCGAUGCUGCUGCUGCCGCUGCCGCCGUUGCUGGUGGUGGUUCACAAACUCCUGACAGCCACAUGGAGAGGGUGGGCAGCAAUUGGCAGCAGACACGGCAGCUGAUGAUGCAGCGGACUCGGUCGGCCUCCCAUGGGUGA